AUGAAAGUGCUCGCUGAAAGUGACAAAGGUUCUUGGUUUUAUCAACCAACAACAUCGACUGAGUCAGAGGAACAGGCGGGAGCUAGUAGAAAGAAACUAUUGUCGAAUGAUGAUACAGAUUCAUGUGAAUCAACAUCUGAUUCAGAUAUGGAUAGUGAAGAGGAAGAAUCAUUUGAGGGUCACUGGGAUGUUGUYGAUCGAUCUCAACUCAGUUGCCAGCUACAACAGAGUGCCAUCUGUUCCACAUGUAAAAAGGGAAGCAUUGAGAUUGUAGAAGGGCCAACGCUUUGCUUGGCUUGUGAUUUAGGGGAAAUUGUCAAUGGAGGAGUAUCGGUUGAUGGUUCCUGGAGUAGCAGGGGUUGGACUGCGAGGGAUGGACUGGUCACCGUUAUUUCAAUUGACACAGGAAAGSUUCUGGACGUCGAGUACUUAACCAACACAUGUACUCUGUGCGAUAAAAAAAAGAAACAAAUGGAAGAUGGCAAAAUAACCAGACUGCAGUAUAAUGAAUGGUGUAUAAAGCAUGAAGACUCAUGUCAUUAUAAUCAUGAAGGGAGCUCACAGACCAUGGAGUCAGAAGGAGUUGGUCGAAUCUUCAAGCGAUCAAUAGAAAAGCACAACAUCAGAUAUACUCCGCUUGUGGGUGAUGGGGAUAGCAAGUCCUACAGCGAAGUUGUCCGCAUUGCGCCAUAUGGACCAGCCUUCCAUAUCCCCAAAGAGUACUGUAUAUCCCAUGUAACAAAGAGGAUGGGAACUGCCCUCAGAAAGCUUCAGAAGGAAUACAAAGAUGGCUUAGGCAUUGGAGGCAAAGGCAGACUCACCAUAGAAAGAAUCAAUUCACUGCAGAGCUUUUAUGGUAAAGCAAUUAAGGAUAACAAAGGCAGUGCAGAAGCAAUGUCUAAAGCCACACAUGCCAUUCUUAAGCAUUAUUCAAGUACUUUGGAAAAUCCACGGCAUGAAGAUUGUCCAAAUGGUCCAGGAUCUUGGUGCACUUACAAUAGAGAUAGAGCAUCACAUGUUCCCAUUAAAAAUCCUCUGCCACCAGCUGUUGUCAAGGCUGUUCAGCCAGUUUUUGAUCGCCUGGGAGACAAACAUUUCCUGGUUGGCUGUGAAAAGUGCCUGACACAGAAUCCAAAUGAAAGUUUGCACCAUAUCAUUUGGAGUUUGGCACCCAAAGAGCAGUUUACUUCACAGCAACUUGCUGUUUUUCUUGGAAUAAUGAUUUUCAAUAGUGGACUGAAAGAAACUUUAACCAAAUUGAUGACUAAACUAAAUAUUACAGUAACUGAUUCCAUGAAAGCUGCUUGGGGAAGAAUGGACRAAGAUAGAAUCAAGGGUUGUGACUAUAAAGCAAAGAGGUCAAAGAAUGCAAAGUCAAGAAUGCUAGAAAAAGAAGAAAAAGAGAAAAGGCAAACAAGAAUGACGCUGUUGUUCAUGUUGAAGGUGUUCAUUAUAAGUCGCAGCAGUUCUAUACGAGCUCAUAGCUKGAAAGAUAGCUUGAAUGAUGACUAUUUUAGUCAAUUUUGGACUUCAUAUUCAUAGAGUUUAUUAUGUAUAUAAUUUCAGUUCUAUAAUGGCUUAUACAUGUACAUUGAAACAUUUAAUGAUGCGUAUGUUUAA